GCAGUGAUUGGCAAAGGAGGCUGUGAGCUUCGGAGCACUUGCCGGAGGGGCAGGGAAAGGCUGGAGACAUCGUCUUGGAAGAUAAGACCAUGCUUUUCCUGGAGGCACUUCCAUUUCUGUUCUUACUCCACAUGCUGCUUGCCAAGGCCUCUCCGGUACCUCAUGAACACCUGGAAGAGAAAAACUUAAAAAUUGCGGAGAAUUACCUGCAAAAAUUCUACCAUUUGCCAAGCAAUCAAUAUCGGUCUGCAAAAAGGAAUGAGACAAUGAUUACUGAGAAGCUUAAGGAAAUGCAGCGCUUCUUCGGCUUGGCUGAGACAGGGAAGCCAGACGCAGCUACUAUGGAGAUGAUGGGAAAACCUCGCUGUGGAGUGCCCGACUCUGGUGACUUCAUGCUAACCCCUGGAAGCCCCAAGUGGACACACACCAACCUGACCUACAGGAUUGUGAACAAUCCCUCAUGGUUGUCAAUGACCACAGUGAAAAAAGAAAUUGGGAGAGCCUUCCAACUCUGGAGUGUGGCAUCACCCCUGACCUUCACUGAGUCCUCACAGGAAGAAGCAGACAUCAACAUUGGUUUUGUCCUGAGAGACCAUGGUGACAAUUCUCCAUUUGAUGGACCCAAUGGGAUCCUUGCCCAUGCCUUUCAGCCAGGCCCAGGUAUUGGAGGAGAUACUCAUUUUGAUUCAGAAGAAACAUGGACUCAAGAUUCCAAAAAUUACAACCUGUUUCUUGUGGCUGCUCAUGAAUUUGGACAUUCCCUGGGACUCUCUCACUCCACUGAUCCUGGUGCCUUAAUGUACCCAAACUAUGCUUACAGGGACCCCAGCACCUACUCACUGCCUCAAGAUGAUAUCAAUGGCAUCCAGACACUCUACGGACCUUCAAGCAACCCUAUCCAACCUACUGGGCCCAGCACCCCCACAGCCUGUGAUCCUCACCUGAGAUUCGAUGCUGUCGCCACACUCCGUGGGGAGAUUUACUUCUUUAAAGACAAGUACUUCUGGAGACGGCAUCCCCAGCUGAGACAAGUUGACCUCAAUUUCAUCUCUCUAUUCUGGCCCUUCCUGCCCAGUGGCCUUCAGGCUGCUUAUGAGGAUUUUGAUAGAGACCAAGUUUUCCUAUUUAAAGGCAGACAGUACUGGGUCCUAAGUGGCUAUGACCUUCAGCAAGGUUACCCGAAGGAUAUAUCCAACUUUGGAUUCCCAAGCAGUGUCCAAGCUAUUGAUGCAGCUGUUUCCUAUGGAGGGAAGACAUAUUUCUUCAUAAACAAGGAGUGCUGGAGAUAUGACAAUCAAAGAGGAUCCAUGGACCCAGGUUAUCCCAAAAGCAUAGGAAGCACUUUCCCAGGAAUAAACUGUAGAGUUGAUGCAGUUUUCCUACAGGACUCCUUCCUCCUCUUCUUCAGUGGACCACAAUAUUUUGCAUUUAAUCUUAACAGUCACAGAGUCACGAGAGUGGCAAGAAGCAAUUUGUGGCUUAACUGCGCAUAGAGUUGAGCAAAGUCUAUGUCUUUGCAUCCCCUCUAUGAAUUCAAAAGGGAAGCACAAUCGUGUGUUCAUCCCAUGUGUCCUGCCCAAACUUUCCUCAGUCGUAACUAACGCCACAGCCAUCCUCAAAGAACAGGUGUUUACAAUCUUCCAUUCUUGGGAUCGGAUGAUUCUUUCUGCACCUUCCAACACAUCAGAACAAACACAUCAUGAAGAGAAAGCAAGCCCGUUCAUCCCCUUGACCUUCGCCAGCCCAUUGUCUGUUCUUCUGCCUUCUAAACCUCAUGUUUUAUUACCAGCUGAUCUGACUUCAAAUCCUUCUAAAUCUUUUCAAAUAUGUAAUCUAGCACUGGAAUUUCAUUACACAUAAGGAUUAUAAACACAGA